AUGCUUGGAGGCGACAAGAAUGUGUUUUGCGAAAAGGCUUUUACUACCCGGUACUUCCCUCUGUCUCUGUAUGUGCAAGAGAUCAUCGAGUCAAGUCGCAUCGGACCAUUGGAGAGGGUACUUGCUGAGCACAGCCUGUCAUAUGCCGGUGGCUUUGUAGAUGAUAAUCAUAUUAUGAUGAAUCCUAAGCUUGCAGGUGGAAUACUCCGCGGUGGAGGUAUUUAUAGCCUGACUUGGGUCUUCGAGGUACUUCGUAUUGUCCAGCCAGAGUUAUCCAGACAGCCGCCAUUGAUUAAAAGUACGGUUGCGAAAUAUGAUUACACGGAAGUCGAUGCUAUGAGUACCAUUCUCCUGGAAUUCUCAAGAUCAAAAGCAGAUGGCGGGACCGAUCAUGCAGUCACAUCCACUUCCUUGCGUCUUUCCAACGACAGCAUCGCAAAGGAGGAUGACGCUAUGGUUCCUAACAUCAGGAUACAAGUGCAAUACGGCGAGAUCCAAAUUUUCCCUCCUGCAUACCGGCCAACUCGCACCAGACUUAUACUCAAAAAUGGGUUGGUAGUCGACAAGGGGUGGCCUCAGCCAGGUCCAGGGAAAGGGACUGGUUGGUAUACCGGUUACAGACCAGCUCUCAACCCUGAAGGUGAGAGCCAUGGCUUGUUCUGGGAAGCCGACGAUGCGGGGAGGAGUAUAAUGGAAGGGCGAAAGGAGGGCAGUCGUCUGGGACUUGACGAGAGUAUCCUUAUCAUGGAGUUCAUGGAUAAAGUCCGAAGUGAGGCUGAUAUUAGGUAUCCGUACGAGGUUGACACUGCAGACUAUCCAUUGCAGCCGUAG